AUGGUGCCCGGGAAGCGCUUAGACUCGAGCAUUUACAGCGUUGACUAUACGGCAAUGAUGCCUCACACAACCCUAAUCCACUCGCUUCGACACAAUGACUUUUUCGUCUUUGCCGUCUCCAUAACCUCCAUUCUUCUAAAGCUCCAGCUCGUCUUUACAUCCAGCUUAUUCCAGGGUCACUCUAUCACCGUGACGAAGCCAGUCCAAGUUGACACACUGAACGACUUUGCCACCUCUGAGGCGGAUAUGACAACCUUGAACGCUAGCACGGGGCCAUACUACCACGCCAAAGCUCUACAAGGGCAUGAGACAAUGUAUCCCUUUGGCGUGAUGCCAGGGGGAGCUUACCAGACAUUCCAAGCACAGGGCGUCGCAGGUGACGAGCGUCGUGGGACAGUUAAUGCACCACUGACAGUCCUUGUGAACGGGACAUUUAUGGAUGUUGAGUGCCUGGAACUGAAGAACUACACUGUAUUACUCAAUAAAACUCAACAGUUCACUGCCAGUCUUCAAUUCGAGGGUUGUGAUGAAGUAUUCACAGUCCGAAGUGUGAACCCUCUCUGGCGUCUCUCACGGGGCGGGUUCUGGGGCACGGCAAAUAUAGACACCGGCAAGUCAUGCCCAUCCCUGCCUCGCCAGUACGCAAGCUUUCUCAAUUAUGGUAUAUUAUUUCAACAGAUUAAGGAGACCAAAAAUAUCGAAUUUGUGGAGAAGUGCGCCGCCAUUUUAUGUUCCGCCAAAUCCUGGAUAUCCAAAGUCAGGGUUGUAGAUGACGGCAUCCUCCCCAUUGUCUCUAUUCUUGAACCUUCCUUUCGAGAAAAUACAACAGCGAUACCAGACCCUUGGGAUAUGAUCUACGAGACUAUUCCUAACAACACCGAGGUAUCGAUCACACACAAUUCACGCGAUGGGCAGGGGGCACUCGAGGAUGCUCUCCAUUUCAGAGGAUCGAAGCUAAACGAGGCCGAUAAGGCAUUAUACAAUAGCAGUGUCAUGAAAGAUGCUGUAAGGAACCUAACGCAAAGCAUUGGGCCGAUGAUUGCACAUUAUCGUCUAAGGAAGCCUGUGAAGACACAAAUUGAUGGGUCAAUUGAUGUUGUUAUAGACAAGCUUCAUCUCAAUCAGGUGAGCAGUGUUGUGUUGGCGAGUAUCUUUGCUCUCAAUGCUGUCUCAGCCAUAUUUGCUUUCAUAUAUGUCGGAAAGCGGCGCUAUGAUGCAGAGAGAGACCCGGCUACAAAUUUGGGGAUGAUGAUGUUCCUUCGCAACAACGACGAGGCCAUAGAAUGUCUUUCUCAACAUAGGCCAGGCAGAAAGUUGGAGUGGGCUAGAACCACGUUUACACCAAUAGUUCUUAGAGUAUGGGCUCGCGCUCUCUUUGCGUUCUGCGGUGUAGGCCUCAUCGUGAGCAUCAUGGUUACUCUUGGUGUAUCAGACAGCUCUGAUGGAUUGGCAACGAUCAAGCAGGAGAUUCAUGUUAUUAUGUGGGUUUCACUUCCGACGCUAAGCAUGCUCCUAGUAUCAAUAUACAUUAGCUCUGUUGAUACAGCAGUACGGAGUCUAGCUGUUCUGAGCAAACUCUCUGCAACACCCGUUUCUCGCUGGGAGAUGGAUAUGUCACUUGCCGAUAUGAUCGGGGUCCGGGCCCUCUAUCAUUCCUUAAGAUUAAGGUUCUUCGCCAUAAGUAUCACGCAGACUCUUGCCAUCAGCGCUGCAUUUCUGACAACACUGGCAUCCAGUCUCUUCACUGUGAUUGUACUUCCAGAGGUCAUCACAGUCGAGAUUCCUCAGCAGAGUUGGUUCGGCUCCAAGGGUUCAACUGGAGGGCAAGAGUGGGAUCUGGACAGAGCUCGAAUAAGCGGGCUUGUUUUGGCCCGGCGUCUUUCCAACAUCACUUAUCCGGAGCACACAUACGACACCCUUGUCUUCCAGACCUUGGGACAUGAUGACGCGAACUGGGCGGCAAAUACGUCCGCUCAAGUCCGCGUGCCAGCCGCCAGAGUGGCUCCAAGUUGCAACGAACUCAUGAGGAAUGACCUAGAUUUGUCGAUCGAUAGCUCCAGAAGAAUCAUUAUCAACAUUAAUCGCAACUACUCUGACUACGCGCCCCUUGAAUGGGUUCACCCCGGUGAGCCUCUUAUUCCAUCUUCUACACAAAAUGACAGCCAACUCUUUGCUGGUGUCUAUAUAAACAACGCCCCGCCAGAUUUUGAUGUAUGGCGGGUUAAUAAGUCGCGCGAGGCUUGGACUAUCCAGGACUACGUAUGGGGCCAGUACAUCCCGUCCAAAAAGGCUGUCACAUCAGUCGUUGCUUGGAGAUGCAACUACUCCUGGGUAGAAGUGGAAACAGACUUGAGGCUGCAAUGGGUCAACGGAAGCAUUCAAAUUGAUCACAACAAUCCCCCGGUGCAGCACAAUUCAACAACUAAACCUUGGAAUCCACCAUUCGGUUUCCCACCGCUAGGAAAGCGUUCAUCAUCCAGGACGGCAAUUCCAUUUCCAGAGCUAUUUCUGGAGCUAGGUGUGGAGACUUUUGACUUCUCACCACAGUUUGGCAGUAUCAUGAAGCCAUUUGGUCAGAUCGAAAUAGACGACUUAGGUGACAUCGAAAAGGUCGAUGCGAUACUUGAAGCUUUGCAUGCCAACCUAGGCUUCGUCGCCGCUCAACUCGCCAACGUUGAAAGCCGGCUUAGGAUUGACGAGAGCUCGUCUCAGGAGCCGCUGAACCAUGAUAGCUUACGGCCUAUAGAUGCCCAAGUGACUUCUAAUUACAGAUCUCGGGUUAUUCAGGAUCGCGGUCUAACUUUUGCAUUGGUGGGAAUCCUUUCAUUGCUCGUUUUAGUGAAUACCCUUGUCCUGGCCUUGACGGCAUUUCGGCGAUGGCGCAAAGAGGCGCCGUAUUGGCAACUCGAUAUGGACUUCGAAGGUGUCGCGCCAGAUAGUUUUGAGGCCAUUGCUAAGAUGGAGGCUUUGCUUCAUGGAUCAAAUGCUCUUCACGACCCAAGGGUGUUAUCAGGGGACCAGGAGCAAAAAGAAGGACCACAUUUUCGGAUGGGGUGGUUCCAGAAUGUACAAGGAGACAGCGUCUUUACUAUUGGGGUACAACAAGAUGAGGAGUUUAUCUUUUCUACCAGGAAGAUGAGGCACCACUGA